AGAAAUCUCCAACUGCAUCAGUUCCACCAUUUUCCAUCAAGAGUACUCUUGGACUAAUUAUUGAUAAAAUGUCGAAAUUACUAGUUGUCAUAAUAGCUGUCGUCCUUGUUGGAGCACUGGCAUCUCCUCUCGGACAACAAGUGGAAGAACCAGCUGAAGGCGUGAUGUCCUCCCGAGUGCAGCGAUCACCAGAUCCAGUUCCAGAUCGUCAUGGUGGAAAAUAUCACAAUGGCGGAAAAUACGGACAUGAUCAUCACGAUCAUCACGACCACCACAAGCACAAACACCACUAAUUAUGGAAACAUGGCACAGAUGAGCUGAUAUCUUCAAAAUGGUUUAUCGAUCUUAAUGCUACUCUUCCGGUUUUUAUGUAAUUCAUAUUCGAUUUUGAUUCAUUUACGAGGAACGUGGAAAAUUGCCAUCCGAUAAAAGUAUUCAAAUAAAUAUGAAAAGAGAUAUAAAUACAAA